UAUUUUCAGUAUUACUUAACACAAGCAGAGUACAGACCCAGAGUGAUGACAUAGCAGCUUUAUAGUUGAGGGGUAUCCACCUCUCCACUGUUGUUGUCAGCGCUGUGCCACAGAAGUCUGGCAGGCCUCCUCUUUCUCCAGAGACUAGUAUACAGCACUUAAUAUUUGAUUCUUGCCCUCAUUUUCUCUGUUGCUCAUUCUUUGGAAUUAAGAAACUAAAGGCUUCAAGCAAAGCUUCACCAUAAAUUCCUGAGAUGAAGGUCAUUCAACUUCCCAUAUUUGCUUUGCUGGUCAGCAGCAUACUCUGUCAGUAUGACUACGAGGAGUACUUUGGUUAUUACAAUCCAGCAGGUUUUGCGGCCCCAACUUAUCCAGUUUGCUCUGUUGAGUGCGAUUGUCCAUUGAACUUCCCCACUGCUAUGUAUUGUGACCAUCGUAACCUUAAAACCAUCCCAAUGGUACCAGCGGAAAUAAAGUACCUUUACCUCCAUAACAACCAGCUCACUGGCAUUCCAAACAGUGCAUUUGAAAAUGCCACUGGUCUCCAAUGGCUGGUUCUGGAUGACAAUCAGCUUACCACCAACAACAUAGGAAAGAAUGCAUUCUCGAAGCUAAAAGGCCUGAAAAGGUUGUACAUAAACAAGAACAAUCUGACAGAUGGUGUCCGAUCCCUACCAAAGUCAUUAGAGGAACUGAGGCUUUCAUCGAACAGGAUCUCAAAGCUUGGAAACACCUUAAAAGGACUGGAAAACUUGACGAUUCUUCAACUCAAUGACAACAAAUUGAGUGACAUUGGCGGAUCUUUGAGUGGAUUGAAGUCUUUGACAUACCUUGAUAUAAGCACCAACCAAUUAACAAAACUUCCCGAUGAUCCUCCAGAAGCCAUAGAGAUGUUUUAUGUGACAGACAACAAGAUCAAGAGCAUUCCAAAGGACUACUUUAACAAGAUAAAAGCCCUGCAGUACCUACGUAUGUCGCACAAUGAAAUUACAGAUGACGGUAUCCCUGAUAAAAUCUUCAACAUCACCUCACUCAUUGAGUUGGACCUUGCAUACAAUGAUUUGAAGACCAUCCCUCUUGUUAAUGAAAACCUCGAAAAUCUGUACCUACAGGCAAAUAAAAUUGAAAAGUUCACCAUGGACAGCUUCUGUCGCGUUACUGGCCCAACGGCUUACUCCAGCAUCAGACACCUGCGACUGGAUGGUAACAAUAUCUCCCGAGCUAGUAUGCCCUACGACAUGAUCCGAUGUCUGCGCCUGGCCUCAGAUAUAAUGUUUGAUUUUUGAUUUACAUCCACUUAAUUGGGAAGACAUGAGGGCAGAUUCUAACUAUGUGUAGCUGUCUGUCUUAUCCUCCUGCCUCUCCCACCCCCCACCCCCUGCCAUCUGCAAGGUUUCCCAGUUUAGAGUUAUUCACUUGUUAACACAUCAUGCCACGCAAACUAACACCUUUAAAUCUUAUAUCUUCACAUAAUCGUAACUUUUCUACUAGAUCUUCAAUCAGCUAAAGAAAACCAACAGAAUUAUUGAAAAGAAAGGAACGUAACAGUAAGUGGAGGUUAAGAGUAAAGCUGCAUAAAGCUGUGGGAAGAAGGUAUUCUUUCAAAAUGGAAAAUAUUUUGGGAUCUUUUCAAGGAUACAUUUGAAUCAACCACCUGUUGUACACUUAUUCAGCAAUAGUCAAAUAAAGCUUGUGGUUAGAAGUUACAAAAGAGAAAAACUCAGCGAGUGCAAUGCUAAAAUUAAAUCAACUCACUUUUCUGUAUUAUGAGAAUCCUCUUUUGCUCUGUUUGUUAUAAUAGGGAUACAAACAUUACAAAGGAACUUUUAAAAGAUUCAGCACUUUUAUAACCAACUAUGUUAUGUGCAAACUUUCCUUUCAAAUUAUGCAGUUCAGAAGAUUCUCCAAAUAUUUCUUCACUAAAAUAUUAUUUUCAAAAGUCCUUUAAAAGAUUAAUAACUUGUACUGACUCAAAUAGUAUCUGUGCCAUCUAUAAUUACUGUAUUAUACACUAGGUUUGAAGAAAACACGUAGGAUCUAUAGGAUGUGGGAGAAUAGGAGUUUGAUGGAGUUUAGCAAUUUAAAGCUUGUACAGAAGUUAUUAUGAAAUAAAGGUAAACAGCAAACAUUCUUUUAAUAACCAAGUGAGUGGCUUUCUUUCAAUAACUCUUGCUUAAAUUUGCUUGGCAUUAAAAGCUGACAGUUCUUGCAACUUUUAGGUUAGUUUUUUUUUCAUAGGGGCAAUUAAACAUAUUUAACCACAGCUUGCAUCAUAAAUUGUAAGUCGUGCAUGACCCUUACCCAGUUUUCUUUCUAUGUAAAAUUUGAUUUAUCGUGCAGAAAAUCGAGCAUGGUUAAUUUAGCAGCAGCCAUGGCUGGCUUUAACUUAUCUGUAUUUUCCACUUUAGCUGACAGCCUUGAGUCUGCAGUAAUGUCUUUAGUAUGCAACCAUUGUUUACACAUCCAGAUAUGCUACUGGGUUUGAGUUUCUCUGGUCUGUCAAAUACCAGAGCUAUUUGCUUGCAAAGAAAUUUAUCCAAUUGUCAAGCAGGCUAUAAGGUUAGAGCAUCUUUUAGACUCAGCCUUUGGGGAAUGAGUGGACAGCAAUCUGACAUUGCUAUCUUACACCAUUAUAAUGAGACACUUGCUUCAGCUGAUCGCACAAUGGGAACCCUGAUCAACGUGGAAACGUCUGUGGCGAAACACAGCUGGAAGCGGACUUCACAAAUCUCCGCUAGGUUGGAGUGGAUGUGAAAUUAUUGAAUUCUAUAAAUCCACAAAAGGGGGUGUUCCAAACAAUUGACCUGAAAAAUGUAUCAAUUCCAAAUGUAAUGAACUGACUUUGUAGUUUUAACUCUCUGUACACGACUUUUUUUUUUCCCUCACAUUAACCAUUAAAGUAUAUCUUCACCUA